AUGGUAACCAAGUCCUCCUCGGCGGUGGUGGUUCACGCCGGCGAGCACCUGUUCAAGGUCAUCGGCCACUCCACGAUCACGGGCAAGAUUCUGCUCACUUCCGACACUUUCCGCGUUGCUGAUCACGACUGGGCUAUCAUGUACUACCCGAACGGCGAUGCUAGGGUCGUCAACGACCAGUUCAGUUCGAUUUUCCUUAAGCUGAUGACUGCUGGCGAGGAAGAGGUCAGGGCCUACUAUUCCUUCUGCCUCCAGGACCCCGCGGCGCCGGCGACAGGGGAGAAGCACAAAUACAAAACCGGCCCCAAGAAGUUCUCAUCCACAGAUUGGGGCUGGGGUAGGAGCAAGUUUGUGAGUAAGGCCGAUUUGUCCGGGUGCCUCGACGAUGGCUGCCUAGUGAUCAAGUGCACCAUCGAGGUCCCAAGACUGAUGGACGACCAACAGGAGGGCGACGAAAAUGACGGCGUCAUCGUCCCACCCGCAGACCUAAGCAAAGAUCUAGCUAAUCUUCUAGACAGCGGGCUUAUCCUAUCAAAGGCAGACCUGACCAUCAAGAUCGGCUGGUUCAAGAGAUUCAAGGUGCACGCGUGCGUGCUUGCUGCGAGAUCGCCCGUCUUCCGAGCCCAGCUGUGCGGUGCCAUGAUGGAGAGCAGAGAAAGCAGCAUCCGCAUCGAGGACGUGGAUGCCAAGGUUUUCGAGAUCCUGCUGCAUUACGUGUACAAUGAUCGUCUGCCGGAGUCUAUGGACGAGACAACGGAGGAGACCACAAACAUGGCGCAACAUUUGCUUAUCGCGGCUGAUCGUUACGCAAUGGAAAGGCUAAAGCUGAUGUGCGAGAGCAGGCUGAGCAAGGCGCUGGAUAUCAACACGGUGGGUUUCACCUUGGAUCUUGCAGAGCAAUACCAUUGUCAGCAGCUCAAGGAUUGCUGUCUCAGGUAUAUGACAAGAAACAGCAAGAGAUUACAAGAAAUCAUAAACAGCGAGGGGUUUGCUCAACUAAAGCGAAACCACCCACAGGCUGCAUUCGAUAUUCUUGGACAAGUUAUUGCCUUACUGGCAACUUAG